AUGCUUUUCUACCAUGCAUGUGCAUUUUUACUGCUUAUCUUUGCCCUCACAACCCUAGCUCGGGAGGAUCCAAACAGGUUAUGUGAGGACUACCUGGAGGAAGGCUUCUGCCGUUUGUUAGUCAAGAGAAAGCAGUGCAAUUUGGGCAGUUACGUUGAUUUUGCAGAAAGAAACUGUUGGAAAACCUGUGGAAAUUGUACACCGGUGACGCCUAAGCCUAAGGAGACAUGUGUCAAUAAGGCAGAUGCUAAGACUUGUUAUGAUCUAUACGAGCGAGGACAGUGCGAAGUCGCGAAAGAGAUUUGUGCAAAAACCUGUUACUACUGCGAUUCAUAG